ACAUGAAAGGAGAGAGGAAAAGUCCAGCCUUCAGAAGCCCAGAGAGAAGGAAGAUUCAGCGUCAACAAGCUUAGCAACACAAGCACCCUGCAGUUUAGAUGUGGAGACAAAAGCACCUUUGGGGGCAUCACCAGUAAACCAACCUUCAACCUCUUUUGGGAGCUUCUUUUCCCGGUCCACUUUCUUCACCUUCGUUUUCCGAAGAUUCAGAAAAAGAUCCAAUAUGGCACCUGAUGAUGCUGAAAAUCAUGGGAAGGUAACAAAAGGGGAAGAACAAAAUAAAAAAGCAAUUCGAGAAAAUGAAAGAAGAGAGGAAAAGUCCAGCCUUCAGAAGCACACAGAGAAGGAAGAUUCAGCAUCAACAAGCUUAGCAACACAAGCACCCUGCAGUUUAGAUGGCGAUGAAAGUGGACUUUUACCACGAUCAGAACUGAGGAAACACUUAGCCUCUUACAGCUCUUCCGGAAGAAUCAGGAAAAGAUCAAUUUUGGCACCUCACGAAACAGAAAAUAUUGAGGAGAUAAGAGAACUGGAAGAACGACUACAAGAAAUGUUAGAAAAUGAAAUAAGGAAGGAAAAGAGAAGACGCGAGAUGAUCAGAGAAGAAGAGUCAGCUUUGAAUUUGUCCUUCUUAUCUCACACAUCCUCCAGUUCAGGUGUAGAUGGGGUUCCAAAAGCACCUCUGACACGAGCAGAACUGCGGAAACGAUUACCUUGCUUUGCCAACACCUCUUCCAAAGCCCUGAAGAGAAGAUGGGAUAAGUUGGCAGAAGAAAGAAAAAAUAAACAGAAUCAAGAAACUUCUGCCAACACCAAUCCCCCAAGAUCUCACCACAGCCUGUUAAGAUUGCUAGGUGUUCACAGGUCCAGAAGGCCAAUCGGUGCAAACAAUCCUCUGCAGGACCUGCGUGAUUGGUUGGAGAAAAAAUUGUCAUGGCUUAUUUCUCCGGAGCUUUAACUCUUGGUGGCUGGCUGAUGCUCAGGCAGACUAAAAACACAGGGAAGCUAACCCUCUAGAGGGGUUUUCUAUUUCAUACAACUGAAGUAAAUGGGGGUUCUACCAACUUGACUUACAGAAAGUGGUGAAUAGAAAAUGAAAAGUGUAGCCACCUAGAACAGAUGCUUCCUUUUCAUCCUUUUCUGUGCCCAUAACCGUACACUUCCAAAAUCUAUAGGACUUGGCCAACAAGUUAAUCCUGAAAAAUCUCCAAGUUCCAUUCUUCUGAAGUAAUCAAAUGUGAGCUUUUUUGUCCUGUGAUGUUUAA